AUGAUUUAUGUUCGUUCAUCAUUAUCAUCACAAAUAGAAACAAAAUUUCUCCCAGCAACAAUGAUUGAUGAAAUCAAGAACCAAUCUUGUUUUACUGUUUCAUCUGAUCAAAUACUUUGUAUUAAUGAACCAACUCAAUCAAAAUAUUAUGUUAAUUUUACAUAUUAUACAACAGAUACAGCGUAUGUUAGUUAUUUUCGCUCAAAUCUUAAUUGGAAAACGCAUUAUCAAUUACAUCUGUUUGAAGAAUUAAAGGAACCAAUAUUGAUUGCGAUGGUCGAUAUUCGAAAUAAUGGAAAAUCAAACAUUGAUAUCGAAUGCGCUGAACUUUUAGCUGAUGAUAUUAAUUUACAAAUAUCUGAACAACAAAACUCUUGGACACAAAAUAACUUUUACUACACUUCAACGGUAUGGUGCGCGUUACAAUCUUCACCAACAGUUGAACAGCACCAGGAAGUUGCUGGUCUAUAUGUAUAUACUAUUAAUCAAUCAUUUUCUAUUGAUGGAAAACAAAUUAUCUUUUACCAAUGUUUCGUCCACAACUGUGAACGUACAUAUCGUUUGUCAUCUGAUGUUUUUCUUCCUCGUGAAAAUUGUAUGAUACGUGAAUAUGAUUACCUGAUUGGUGAUACAUUUUUACUAGAUAUAGCUGCUAAAGAUACACAUGAAUUUUCAAUUGGUCAAGAUCCAGAUAUUUUUUUAUAA